CCCGACAUGGCGAGUGCUGUGCUGCCGAGCGGAUCCCAGUGUGCGGCGGCGGUGGCGGCGGUGGCGGCGGCGGCGGCGCCUCCCGGGCUCCGACUCCGGCUUCUGCUGUUGCUCCUCUCCGCCGCGGCACUGAUCCCCACAGGCGAUGGACAGAAUUUGUUUACGAAAGAUGUGACAGUGAUCGAGGGAGAAGUCGCAACCAUCAGCUGCCAAGUCAAUAAGAGUGACGACUCUGUGAUUCAGCUGCUGAAUCCCAACAGGCAGACCAUUUAUUUCAGAGACUUCAGGCCUUUGAAGGACAGCAGGUUUCAGUUGCUGAAUUUUUCUAGCAGUGAACUCAAGGUGUCGCUGACAAAUGUCUCAAUUUCGGAUGAAGGGAGAUACUUCUGCCAGCUCUACACUGACCCCCCACAAGAAAGUUAUACCACAAUCACAGUGCUGGUCCCACCACGCAACCUGAUGAUCGAUAUCCAGAAAGACACAGCGGUGGAAGGCGAGGAGAUUGAAGUCAACUGCACUGCCAUGGCCAGCAAACCAGCCACGACCAUCAGGUGGUUCAAAGGGAACAAGGAGCUAAAAGGCAAAUCGGAGGUGGAGGAGUGGUCAGACAUGUACACUGUGACCAGUCAGCUGAUGCUGAAGGUGCACAAGGAGGAUGACGGGGUCCCAGUGAUCUGUCAGGUGGAGCAUCCAGCUGUCACCGGAAACUUGCAGACCCAGCGGUACCUUGAAGUACAGUAUAAGCCUCAAGUGCAUAUUCAGAUGACUUACCCUCUACAAGGCCUAACCCGGGAAGGGGAUGCGCUCGAGUUAACAUGCGAAGCCAUCGGGAAGCCCCAGCCGGUGAUGGUGACCUGGGUUAGAGUCGAUGACGAAAUGCCUCAGCACGCCGUCCUGUCCGGGCCCAACCUGUUCAUCAAUAACCUAAACAAAACAGAUAAUGGUACAUACCGCUGUGAAGCCUCUAACAUAGUGGGGAAAGCUCACUCGGAUUAUAUGCUGUAUGUUUACGAUCCCCCCACAACUAUCCCUCCUCCCACAACAACCACCACCACCACCACCACCACCACCACCACCAUCCUUACCAUCAUCACAGACACGGCAGCGACGACAGAGCCAGCAGUUCACGAUUCUCGAGCCGGCGAGGAGGGCGCCAUCCGAGCGGUGGACCACGCCGUGAUCGGCGGUGUUGUGGCCGUGGUCGUGUUCGCCAUGCUGUGCUUGCUCAUCAUUCUGGGGCGCUAUUUUGCCAGACAUAAAGGUACAUACUUCACUCAUGAAGCCAAAGGAGCCGAUGACGCAGCAGACGCAGAUACAGCCAUAAUCAAUGCGGAAGGAGGCCAGAACAACUCCGAAGAAAAGAAAGAGUACUUCAUCUAGAUCAGCCUUUUUGUUUCACUGAGGUGUCCAGCUGGCCCCAUUUAGGUGAUAAAGAGACAGAGAUGUUGGAACUUGCGAGAAAUUCGUGUGUUUUUUUAUGAAUGGGUGGAAAGGUGUGAGACUGGGAAGGCUUGGGAUUUGCUGUGUAAAAAAAGGAAAAAUGUUCUUUGAAAGUACAUUCUGCUGUUUGACACCUCUUUCUUUUGUUUGUUGGUUGGUUGGCUUUUUGUUUUUUUAAGUUUUACUUCUUCCUACCAAGUCAAACUUGGGUGCUCGGAUUUAGUUUGAGUAGAUUGCAGAAAAUUCUGUGCCUUGUUUUUUGUUUGUUCAUUGCGUUCCCUUUUUUUUUUCUUUCCGGUUUUUGUGGGUUUUUUUUUUUCUUUCUCUUUUUCCUUUGUGUGCAUUUAUUUUUCCCAAAAAAUUUUUGGAUUUUUUUUUUUUUUUUCCAAAAUCUCCCAUUUUGGAAUUUGCCUGCUGGGAUUCCUUAGAAUCUUUUUUCCCCUGAUUCUGUUGUUGUUUUUGCUUUUUGUUGUUGUUGUUUAUUUUUGAAAUAACUGCUUUCUGUUCAAAAUUCAGUUUCAUAAAAGGAGAACCAGCACAGUUUAGAUUUCAUAGUUCAGAAUUUAGUGUGUCCAUAAUGCAUUCUUCUCUGUUGUCGUAAAGAUUUGGGUGAACAAACAAUGAGGACUCUUUGCUGCUACCCAUGUUUCAAAUACUUAGAGCAGUGAAGACUAGAAACUUAGACUGUGAUUCAGAAAAUGUUCUGUUUGCUGUGGAACUACAUUACUGUACAGGGUUAUCUGCAAGUGAGGUGUGUCAUAAUGAGAUUGAAUCUGUCUUUUAAUUCUGUAUCUGUAGAUGGCUCAGCAUAGAUACCCCACACUGUCCAGAAAGGUUUGGGGCGGAAAGGGCUCCUCCUUUUUCAAUGCCCUAAACAGACCUGACAGGUGAGGUCUGUUCCUUUUAUAUAAGUGGACAAAUUUGAGUUGCCACAGGAGGGGAAGUAGAGAGGGGGGGAAAAGCUAGUUCUGCUCUGGUUAUUUCUGUUCCAAAUGAUUCCAUCCGCCUUUCCCAAUCGGCCAUACUUCUCACUAAUUUGUAGGAAAAAGCAAGUCCGCGUGGCGUGUGAAUGACUGGAUGGGACAGGGUUGGGUUUUUUGUUUUGUUUUUUUUUUUCCUUUGUGCUUAGUUAAGAAGGCAGUAGGAUGUGGCCUGCAUGUACUGUAUAUUACAGAUAUUUGUCAUGCUGGGAUUUCCAACUCGAAUCCGUGUGAAACGUUCAUUCCUUCAGAUUUGGCUUGACAAAGGCAGGAGGUACAGAAGGAGGGCCGGUAUUGUUCUCACACUGGUCUGCUGUCGAUCUCAGUUCUCGAAAGGUCAGAGCAGAGGUGGAAAAACAGCAUGUAGGGAUUUUCAGUUACUUAAUCAAAACUCAAAUGUGAGUGUUUUUAUCUUUUUACCUUCCAUACACUAGCCUUGGCCUCUUUCCUCAGCCUUAAGAACCAUCUGCCAAAAAAUUACUGAUCCUCGCAUGAUGGCAGCCAUAGUGCUUAGCUACUAAAAUAAGUUACCUUGAACAUAUCUUAGAUGGGGAGCCUUGGGAAAAGGUAGAGGAGUCAAGUUACCAUUUACAUUUUUUUAAACAAUGUGGGGAUUUUCACUGAAACGUCUAGGAAAUCUAGAAGUAGUCCCAAAGGACAAAAACUAAAAACUCUUACCAUAUGUUUUGGUAAGGCUCCAGACUCCAGGAUACAGUCCCUAUGGAAAGAUGGCAUCAAAAAAGAGAUCUAUAUAUAUAUAAAUAUAUAUUAUAUAACAUUUUCAGUGAGUAAUUUUGGAUUUUGCAAGGUGCAUUUUUACUAUUGUUACAUUAUGUGGAAAACUUCCACUGAUUUAUUUAAGGGGAAAAAAAGUAUCAACUCUUUGUUAUUUGAAAGUGUGUUUAUUUUUCUUGUCUUUGUUUUAACCUUUGAUAGAACCAUUGCAAUAUGGGGGCCUUUUGGGAAUGGACUGAUAUGUAAAAGAAAAUCCAUAUUGAGCAGCAUUUUGUUUUCCCCCCUCCUAUCCCUAGGCACUUAACCAACACAAAAAGCCACAACGAACAUCCCUUUUUCAAUGAAUUUUAUAAUGUGCAGCUCUAUUCCGAGCCCUUAGCACCCAUUCUGACCAUAGUAUAACCGCAUCAAAGGGUGAGAACCAUUUAGCAUGUCGUUGAAAGGUCUUUUCAGUUGUUCUUUUUAGGGGGAAAAAAAAAGCCUACCAUUGCUCACAAAAUUGGCAUCUCAUUUUUGGGACCUCCCAUCUUUGUUUUGAAAAGUGUACAGUAGUGCAGUGUUCCCUGAUGUAACUUUAUGGCUUACAAUGUUGACAUGUCUCAGGUUCAUGUGUUUCGAUUGGUGUUUUCCGUCUCAGGUAGAUUGCAAAGUGUAGGCCCCACACAUUGGAAAA